GAACAGGGUUGGAGUCUUGGAGAGACUUGCUGAAUUGUCUUUCUAUCUUAUCUUUUUAAGGUUGAUGAGAAGCUGCUUCCAGCGCUGGCUGCCACAGACCCUCUGGUCCUUCCCAGCCCGGACCAGCCCCUCUCCUCGGGCCCCGUCCACUCCUCCACCUGCCCCAGCGAUGACCUGAGUCUUCUGGCCCACAUGACCUCAUGCGGGGGCUCAGACCUGAGCCAAGCCCAUGGAGGGCUCCCCGAAGACGGGCCCUUCAAUAUCCAGAGCCCCCUGGCUGACAUCAGCUCCAUCGCCCAGAGAGAGAGCCAGGCAGCUGAGAUCCAGGCCCAGGGCUACCCAGAGGUAGAGGUCCCGUCUGGGGCAGAUGGAGAGGCGGCGGGGGGUAAGGCUGGAGGUGACACAGCUAGCACCACAUCUGAAACAGAAAGGUCUGAUGAUGGGAAGGACAAAGAGAUGGAGAAGAUACAGACCACGGCUACUACUCAGGCGCUCCGUGGUCGUCCGGCAGCCCAGUCGGAGCGUGACCUGCGUGUGGACCUGGGCUUCAGAGGGAUGAUGACAGAACCCAUGACGGAGGAGCAGCGACGCCAGUUCAGUCCCGGGCCUCGCACCACCAUGUUCCGUAUCCCAGAGUUCAAGUGGUCGCCCAUGCAUCAGCGCCUCCUCACAGACCUGCUGGUCGCCCUGGAGACCGACGUGCACAUGUGGAGGAG